AUGUCAUCUCUCCUAGGCAGCGGACGUACAACCCGCUGGUUUCUGCUCAGCCUCGCUCUUCUCCUCUCCCUCUGGUUCUGGCGACAAUCAUUUCAAUCCCUCCCGCAAGCGCCACUGCCCUUCAUCCCGGCAAAGCUUUACGAACCUGGUGCGGUAGCAUGCACCGACAGUGUCGCCGACAAACCUAGGCCUGUCUCAUUAAACCCAAAGGCACCACUCUUCCCCGCCUUCGAAGACGCUGUCAAAGGCCUACCGUCCAAUAUCUAUGAUCCCUACCCUGAAUACAAUAGCCGUGCUUGGAGGGAAAAUUGGCGGGGGAAGCAUGAACCUUGUCUGGGGCCAAGAGGGGUCGAUGUGAAUGGCAAUGCGGAUGAUACGCUGGUGGUACAUCGAUUGCAGAGACAAGCGCCUGCCUCAAUGUUUGGCUCCUACAACGCUACUGGACUGGCAUCAGAUUUCUGCCUGGACCGUCAUGCUCGCUACGACCCAUAUGGAUAUGAUGACACAGAUCUCGAAGGCAAUGGAGGGAGGCGCAAAUCUAAUCGCGCCUCCAAGGUGAAAUGGGACAACGUGGACUGGGGUUACCUACAAGGAGACUGCCUCAUGAGGAAUCAACAUCGCUACGAAUCUCUGCCAUGGGCAAAUCGAACGACCACGUUGUGGAUGCCUCGCCAGGAAGACAUUGACGACGUCGACAAUGUUGUUGUGUUGCCGAAUGAUGAAUCGCAAAAGAGCAUGUCAUAUCGACUGUGGAAGUCGCGUCAGAACUACAAGCAGAGGACUGCCGUAGUCCUUCGCACCUGGGAGAGCAAUGAUUGGACGGUUGAUACCAUGCAAUAUAUACGAUCGAUGAUCAUGGAGCUGUCACUACACUCUGGCGCGGAGUACGAGGUGAUUAUCAUGGUCGAGAUCAAGGAUGGCAGUAAACGGAUAUUCGACGAUCAUGCUUCCUAUCAGCAAACGUUGAAGAAGGCUGUCCCUGAUGAAUUCAAGAACAUUACCAUCCUCUUCAACAGACAAUUACUGGAGAAGUGGUAUCCAAAAGCCGGACAGCAUGAGGCCAAAACCUCGCCGUCGGGGCAUAUGGCCCAGCCACUGCAACUUCUCUCCCUCCUGCGACCUGAGAUCGAACACUUCUGGCAAAUCGACACGGAUGUUCGGUAUACCGGCCACCACUAUCAUCACCUGGAGACGAUAUCCACCUGGGCAAAACAGCAGCCAAGAAAAUACCUCUGGGAACGCGCCUCGCGAUACUACAUCCCCCACGUUCAUGGCAAUUGGACGAACUUCAUGGCGAUCGUUGCAAACCAAACUUCUCUAGCGAUCAAGCCGCUGGACGAAGGGGAAAUUGCAAGGAACGGAGGGGUAUGGGGUCCAGAGGAAACCGAAGGGAUUGAGCCGGUGGGCCCAAUACCACCCACGGAGUCGUCAGACAAUGACAACUACGCAUGGGGCGUUGGCGAAGACGCUGAUCUGAUCAAUCUCGCACCCGUCUUUGAUCCCGAGGGCACUUCGUUCGUGUUAAAAGAUAAAGUCGAACACUACCCCGAAGGCAACCACACCCCCCAGACGUGCGACAGGCACCACAUCGAUGAUCCGCCUCUCAAAGCGCUUGCUACGAGCCAUGCAUCACGGCCAGGUGAUCUCAGGCUUCUACAUGCCCCCGGAGAUGUACCCAGAAUCCACAGCGUUACACCAUGGCUUGAAGCUAGUCGUCUUCCCACUGCCAGUGUACCUCGAUUUUGCCAAAUCGCCGGCGAACAUGAACGCUGCGUUCAAUGGUGA